CAGAGCUCUCAAUUAUUUUCUUACCCAUGGUACCAUCACUGAAGAUCAAAUUUCCCUAAUAAGUGACCAAUAGCAUUGCAUAUAUACCCAUUAAUAACAUUCCAAUCUUCGUAUUUUAGAUAUCGCAUGAGCGAGAGUAACAAAAUUUCUAUGUGCAAGAUAGUUUUUCUGUCCUUCAUCUUCGAUAUCGACAUAAGAACUGAGACUAAAGAGUUGUUCAGAUACAAAGUAUUCCGUUGAUGGAGCAUCAACUUCUCGCCGAUACGUGAACUUCCAUGCUCGUCAACGAAUCGAGACCAACGAAGUAAUUAGAAGCCAGGUCAUACAGGAUAAUUCAGGAGACGUCAAGCUACAAGUGCAGGUUUGAUUGGCGGUAGCGUUCGCCCGCUAAUUUGUCACUUGUCACUUCGAACGUGAAUAAUGGAAGCUGAGGUUAUCUGUAUCUCGUCCGAUGACGAGUCUGAUUCACAAAAGGAAAACAAGACAGACAAGCCUCAGACCAAUUCUACGGAGACUGGUACUGGACCUGUCGCUUCUGGAAAAGUGGAAACUUUGUUAGGCGACAAUGGAAAGGUUGGAGAGAAUCAUAUUUUAAAACGUAGAUUGUCUACUGAUAAGGAAGACACAACUAUGAAUAAUAUGGAAAAAAGGAGAAAAUUAAAUUCUGAUCAGGUUAAGAUAAAUAUCGUUAAAUGUGAUCUUAAUGUACAACCAAACGAACAUAAAAAAGAAGAGGUUCAAAGCAUGCGAUUGGUCGUCAAGGAGAAGAGAACAAUAUCGUACAUUUCACACGAUGUCUUUCCUCUGUUUAUAAGCUUGUGUUUGCAAAAGUGUCCGGAGAACGAGAAGACAAAUAUGUGUAAGAUUGUUGACAAGUUAAAAAGACGUUACGAAACUCUGGAUCCAACUUAUGCUGGAUCAGAAACUUUUACUAGGUUAUUAAAUAAAAAUCGCCAAGCUAUUAUAGAUAGCAACAAUAAAACAAUAUUUAGGCAUAUACAGGAAGUGAUGCAAGAAAUGAAAACGAAGACUAGGAGGAAAUGUCAGACGUUACAGAAUAAUGAAAUCUAUGAUGCAAUUCCUUCUACUUCCUAUGCCACAAACAACCUAGUUAAUAAUAAAGUAAAAUUGGAUAACGAUGACAAUGACGACGACGAUGGUGAUAAAAAGAAGAUGGAGGAGAAUAAGAACGAAAAUGAGGAUGUGACUGAGGAUGAAGGUGAAGAUUAUGUUAACGAAGAGAGCCCUGAGAAAAAGAUUAGAAAAAAGAUUAAACACAUUUUGAAGACUAUGAAACAAUGUGAUGCAAGGAUAAAAGAAUUGGAAGAAGCAGAAGUUGAUUUUGAUGACGAGAAUGAUAGUAAUUAUAUAAAAGUCGAUAGAUUUAAGCUGAAAAUGGUGCAAUGCUAUAAUAAACUUUGUCAGUUAAGAAAAGAAAAUCCUGACGCGGGACGUGCAUAUUUGCGCCCUAAGAAUUUCAGCGUCACUAGGAUUGGUGUUGUGGAUCAAGCAAUAUCAAAUUUAAUUAAUUGUAAAAUUUACCAGCGAAAUAAAAGUCAAAUGAGAAGGACAGAAGUUAGUAAACUGACAGAAGAUGUAAUAUUCCCUGAUUAUAGAGACAUCGCUGAAUGUAUUGAGAAGUGUCAUGCGAGAAAAAAUUUGAAUAUCGAUGAGGAUGACCGGCGAACGUUGGCAGAGGAUGCUUUCAAAGAUAUUGGAAAACACUUACAACGUGCAAGGCAGAACGAUUACUGGGACACCUUUUCUUUAUAUCUUGAAAAUAAAGAAGAUCCAGCUGUAAAAGAUAAAGAAUUAGCGAGAAAACUAGCCGAGAACCGUAUUGAGGGUGAUAAAAAAUUAGCUGCGGUAUUCGAGAAAUAUGUUAAGAAAGAAAUGGAAUUAAAAAAACAAAAUAAUGGAGCUUUGGUGGACGAGGAAGAAGAAGAGGACGAGGAUGAGGAGGAGGAGGAGGAGGAGGAAGAAAAAGAAACUAUAAAUGACGAUAAAACCGAUGAGACCUUAUCUAUGACAAGCGAGAAGGAUAGUAAUGAUGAAAAAGACAUAGAUAAAACAGUUAAAGAAAAUAAAUUACCUAUAGACAAGAAUAAACCUAAUAUAAAUGUGGUAAAUGCUUAUUGUAUUGUGGACGAAGCCGUUUCUAAUAAAACUACAGCAGAUAUCUUACAAGAGAAACGGUUAAACGAAACAGUUAAAGUAAAUGUUUUAAAAAAGGGUGAUAUAGCAAUAUCAAAGAAUGAGAAUAAAACAAUUAACGAGAAGAUAACACACAAGCCAUGUAGCAGCAUUACUAUUCCAAAGAACGUUACGAACACUGUAACGCCAGAGAACUCGCCAGCGGAUUCUACAACAAACUGCGCAAAGAAUUUAGCAAAAGUGGAAGUAUUCAAAGUGAUAACGGACCCUGCAACAAAGAAGAUAACAAAUGAUGUAGCAAGUACAAUAACCGGAAGUACGACAAAAUCGAUAACAGGAGAUGCAGCAGAACUGAUAAUAGGGGAUGCAACAGAGUCGAUAGCAGAGGGUGCAACGGAAGUGGUAACAGAAGAUGUAACGGUGACAACAAAUGUGGAAAACACAGCAGAGAUAAUAGAUGAGACAGAGGUAGUAACAGAGGAUGGGAUAGAUGGAGCAAAUAUGCCAAACGAUGAGCAACCUGGAGAGGAAAAGAAGCCUGUAUUGCGAUUACGUUCAUUCGCUAAACCUCCCACGACUUGGGAGGACAGUCAGCACAAAAUAAAUAAGACCAGCCAAGAUUUGCCAAAAAAAGUGAACCUGGUUAAAGAAAUAGUUGAUUUGACCAAUGAGGGAACGUCCAAGUCAUCGUCUGUUAUUACUAAGUGUGCUUUUCAAGUCGGAAACAAAGUAGUUCCCAUAGUGAAACAUCAACUGGUUAUACCAGCAUCAAGAAGUAUAAUCAGUGUCAAAAAUAUUACGAACAAUUACUUGAAGGUGAAUCCGCGAACGGGAGAAAUUAUUGCACCCAUCCGUGCACCUACGAUUAUCCGACUGCCACCCAUCAAACAAAAUGCCAAUCAACAAAGUCAACCGCAGAACGUAAAUACCAUUGCUGUAAGACACCAAGUACCCUUGAAAGGAAACGAGACGAUAGUUCGAAUUAUACCUAAGAAGUCGGUUAUAAUAUCUAAGAAACCAAUAGUGCAACCCGUCUCGAAGCAAACGGAUGCGAGUUCUUCAACAACAAAGUCUAAAUGACUCAAAUAUAUAGCAAGGG